AUGUCAUUCUUCCACCGAUCCUCACUAUCAUUAUCUCUACUGUCGCUGCUGCUAUCGUGCACUUUCUGGCAAGGCACCUUGGGAUAUCCGGUGAUUCUUCAAGUAUCCGAGCAGCAAGAACGAUGCUUCAAAUUCAAUAUCCCCGAAGAUGACGAGGCCAAUUUGGUCUUUAUGGCGCUGCCACUGGGGGAAGAAGUAUCCGAAAAUAACAGAGAUACCACCAUGGAAGGAUGGAUGGUUCAACAGGUUAAUGAACUGUCCAACCAGAGAGGUGUAGGAGGGAAUUUGGCGACCCAACUGUUGGAGUCACCACCCCCCGAAUUGCGAAAAGUCAUGGACAAAUUCCUCCAAGGACGUCCGGAGGGUGUCAAUGCCAAACUCAAAGUGGUCGUGUCCGUGGACUCGACCGGUAAUCCGUCCUCCCGAGUCUUACCCAUCAAGUACUUUGAACCCAGUGUCAUUAACCAGGUCAAGGAAGCCCACAAAAAGGUGCUACCCAUCAAUAAUAGUGAAGAAUAUCAAGAGGGAUCGGACCUGAGUGGAUACAGCAUUUGUUUCAACAACCAGGACAAUGAGGAAGAAUCCGUCCAAGUCGUCAUGGACAUUGUCAUGGUCAAUGACGAUGUGCAACAAAAUGCCAAUGAACCCAAUUUCGUCAAGGAAAAACACUUAAGUCCAUUGGAGGAAUCAUUGGAAAAAAGCAUCAAAGCCGCCAACACGGUCUUGCGUGAAAUGAAGUACAUGACCGAUCGAGAAGAACGAAUGCGUAUGACGGCGGAUAGCAUCAAUCAACGAGUGCAGUACUUUUCCAUCAUUUCGGUCGUCAUUUUAUUGGGUGUCACGUACAUUCAAGUCACCUACUUGAAACGAUAUUUCAAAAAGAAAAAACUCAUGUGA